CUUUUCGAUUAACAUUAUCCCUUAAAAACUUGCCGACAUUCGACAUAUUUCCCCCUAUAAAAUUAAAGAAGAGCCUUGAUCGUUCGAAAACAUUCCAUAAUAUCCGUAGAAGAAAGCAAGAAAUGGAACCAGAAAUAAAUCCCAGUGCCAAGCAGCCCAUGACUGAUGAGGAACGAUUAAAAUUGGCCAAAAAGCUGGAUGAUGAAUUAGAUGAAUACAUUAAUAGUUUACCUAAAACAAAAUAUGAGGACGGUUGGCCUGAAGACCGAUGGGAAGAGGAAAUGGACAAGCAUCCAUUUUUUAUGAAGGAAGCUCCAAAACUUGGAGAUGAACUUCACCCAUUAUAUGAAGGCUUACAAAAACUAAAAUAUGACCCGGACGAAAAUGAACCACAAGAAUUAGCCAUUUCUUAUAAAGAUGAUGGGAAUUUUAAUUUUAAACACAAGAACUAUAGAUUGGCAAUCGUUGCUUACACGGAAGGAAUUAAACAAAAAUGUGGAGACUCUGAAAUUGACUCGAGUUUAUUAAACAAUAGAGCUGCAGCACAUUGGUUCCUACAGAAUUAUCGAUCGUGCUUAAGAGAUUGCGAGCUAGCAUUGAAAAUUAAACCAAAUUAUGAAAAAGUCCUAAACCGUGCAGCAAAUUGUUGCUAUCAUUUAGCACGCUAUGAUAAAGGCAUUGAAUAUUGCGACAAUAUUUUAGAAUCAGACAAAACAAAUAAGGAUAUUCUGAACUUAAGGAAAAAAUGUGUUAAUGCCUUGAAAUUGAAGGAACGAAACGACCGAAAGAGGGAUGCAGAUAAUAAGAAAGCGAAUCAGUCCGUAAAAGAUUUAAUCGCAGAAAUAGUUUCAAGAGGGUACAAGAUAGAGGGUGGCGGCAAAGACAAUAUAGAUUUAAGCAAAUUGGAGCCAUGUUUUCCAGAAUUAGCAAACCAGAGAGUGUAUCUUAACAGAGAAACAAAUUGUUUAGUGUGGCCUGUCGUUUUAGUUUACCCGGAAUAUAAAAUUAUGGAUUAUAUUAAAGAGUUUGCGGACGAAGAUAGCUUCAUUGAACAGUUGCAUAUAGUUUUCGAGACAUAUCCAGAGUGGGAUCGAGCCAAAGCAUAUCGACCCGACAAUGUAAAUAUAUAUUUUGAAACAAUCAACCAAAAUAUUGUUAAAGUCGAUAACGAAAAAACAUUAGGAUAUGUUUUAAAAACUCAGGGGUAUGUUAUAAAAGGAGGCACACCAAACUUUAUAGUUUUGGUAAAAAAUAGCGAUGCGGAGAAAGCCUUUUUGCGAAGAUAAUUCAAUGAUAAAACUGACGGAAAAUUAAAAAUGUUGAAAAGUUGAAAUUCAAUUUCAUGAAACGAUUGAGAUUUCAUGUUACUGGUCAUUAUCGUCUUAUUUUGAAAAUAUAUAGUAUUUAAAAUUU